AUGGGCAUUAAAACAGCUAUGCUUACAGGAGAUUGUCAUGCAGCAGCUAGGCAUGCACAAGAUAAGGUAGUUCAUGCAGAACUUCUACCAGAGGACAAGGCCAUGAUUGGUGAUGGCAUGAAUGAUGCCCCUGCAUUAGCUACGGCUGACAUUGGCAUCUCAAUGGCAAUUUUAGACGGGUGCAGCGAGCUAGGUUUGAAGAAUUCGUCUUAA